AUUCGAAAUUAUAAUGCCUGUCUUUCUUUCGCUUCUUUUAAAGCAGAUGUAGUUCAACCAAUGAAUCAUGGGCCUCCAUGUUUUAAAAUAUGUGGCCAGAUUUAUCAUCGUGUAGGUAAUCUUAGGCCAGAUCAAGAUAUUCCACCAAAAUUCUCUCAACUAUAUAUUUAUGAUCCACUUGCAGCAGUAAAUUUUAGAAUGCAACAACGUGGGAAUGAUUUUUGUUUACGUGAUUUAAUGUUUCAAUUGCAAACUAUAAUUACUGAACAAAGUCCAUUUGCUCUUGCAUUUAAAAACAUGGCUGAAGUAGAAGAUGAAGAAAUUCGUCAAGCGGCUCUAGAAGGUCGCUCAGCUUCUGUUGUAAAAAUGUUUUUACUUGAAGGGGGUGAUAGACGUCGCUAUAAUCUACCUUCACAUGAUGAAGCUACUGUGGUGUUUGUUGGUGAAGAUGGUGCUCCCCCAACCUUGAGGGAAGUUAUUAUUUACCCAAGAGGUCGUCCUUUAAAAAUUGUAUCAAGUAUGUCAGCCAACUUGGAUCCUAUGGUUUAUCCUCUAUUUUUCCCAAGAGGUGAUGCUGGUUGGCAUAAUCAGUUGGUACAUAACCCUGAGCGUGCCACACUGGUUAGAAAUCUUGUUACAUUAUCUCAGUUCUACAAUUAUAGACUUUCUGUUAGGCAAUUUUUCUGUUCAUUAUUUUAUGGCAAGAAAUUGUUUCAGCAAUAUGCUGUUGAUGCAUUUGUCAAAAUUGAAGGCCAGCGUCUUGCUUUUAUUAGAAAUAACCAAAACAAACUUAGAAGAAAGCAGUAUGAUGCCUUACAUGAACAUGUUAACAACAUUGCGAACGAUCGUAAUAUUCGACCAGGGCGAGUAGUAGUUUUGCCAUCAUCUUAUGUAGGGAGUCCUAGAGCUUUAAAAGAAAACUUUGAAGAUGCUAUGGCAAUUAUUAAAAAGUAUGGUAAACCAGAUCUUUUUAUUACUUUUACUUGCAACCCAAAAUGGCGUGAAAUAACAGAAAAUUUAUAUCCGGGUCAGACUGCGAAUGAUAGACCUGAUUUUGUCACUCGAGUAUUUAAACUCAAGUUAAAUAACCUCCUCAAUGAUAUAUUCAAACAUGGUGUAUUGGGCAAAGUUGUAACGCAUGUUCAGGUUAUUGAGUUUCAAAAGCGUGGUUUGCCGCAUGCCCACAUUUUACAUCAUUUAGCCAAUGAUGAUAAACUUGAAACAGCACAGGAUAUCAAUAAUUUAAUAUGUGCAGAAAUUCCAGAUCCGAUUGUUAAUCGUGAACUUUAUGAUAUUAUUAAAACUUGCAUGAUUCACAGCCCAUGUGGGAUACUGAAUCCUAAUUCUCCCUGCAUGAAAGAUGGGGUUUGCAGCAAAAAUUAUCCUAAAGAAUUUAGUGCCAACACAGUAGCCGUUCACAAUGGUUAUCCACGAUAUAGGCGUCGUGAUGAUGGGUUGGUUAUCAAUAUUAAAGGCAACAAUGUAGAUAACUGUUGGGUGGUACCUUACAAUCCUUGGUUAUCUAAGAAAUAUCAAGCCCACAUUAAUGUUGAAGCUUGCAUGUCCGUUAAGGCUGUUAAAUAUUUGUACAAAUAUAUAUACAAAGGGCAUGAUUGUGCCAAUGUUUUGAUAAAUGAACAGAUUAAUCACGAUGAAGUAAACACUUUUUUAGAUUGUCGUUAUGUUAGUGCGCCUGAAGCACUUUGGCGAAUAUUUGAGUAUCCCAUAAGUCAUAUGUCACACACUAUUAUCCGUCUUAAGGUUCAUCUACCUGAGAAUCAGAUUGUGUAUUUUAGAGAAAGAGAAGAACAAGUGGCGUUAGAUCGUGCUGCUCAUCGUGGUACACACCUUACGGCCUGGUUUAAAUUGAAUUCUGAAAAUGAAGGAGCUCAUCGCUACUCAUAUGUUGACAUUCUAUAUCACUUUGUAUUUGAUGAUAAACAUUGUAAAUGGAAGGUUAGACAAAGAGGUGGAAAUAAGGUGAUAGUAAGAAUGUAUAAAGUUAGUCCAACAGGAGAAUUGUUUUUUCUUAGAUUGUUACUUUUACAAGCAAAAGGAGCAACAUCUUGGGAGGGUUUGCAUACUGUUAAUGGAAUAGUUCUUGAAACCUUUUGUGAAGCAUGUGUUUUAAAAGGUUUGCUGCAAGAUGACACUGAAUGGCAGAAUACUCUUUCUGAGGCAGUUUUAACGCAAAUGCCUAAGCAAAUUAGACAGCUGUUUUCAAUUAUUUUAACCUUUUGUGAACCUGACGACCCUUUGCAUCUUUGGAAUACACACAAAGCUUUUAUGAAAGAGGAUUUCAUUCAUCGCCAAGUUCCAUUUAUAUUAGCUGAACAAGCUACUCUUCGUCAAAUCGAAACGAUUAUUAAUCAAAGUGGUAAAACGCUAUCUGAUUAUAAUUUGCCUGUUGUUGAUGAAUUCAUAGAUUUCAAUCUAGAAAAUUUAAAUGAUAAUGUUCAGCAAUCAAUUGACGAAGCUAAUAGAAUGAGACCGCUUCUCAAUGUCAAUCAAUUAAUUAUUUGUCAUACCAGGCUUUUUAGUAUACCGGAGAGAACACAAUGGACCCACAUCCCAUAGAGCUCAUGGGGUGUGGGUCCGAAACGGCGGCCGCAACUACCCCUAUCCCUUCUUCCAUUGGGGGGGGAGGUAGUGGUGGUCGUCGUAG